AUGCCUCCUGGCAGGAAACAGGGCGCAGGCUGCUGGACAUGCCGUCUGCGCCGCAAGCGCUGUGAUUCUACCCAGCCAAUCUGCAGCGGUUGUCAGAGCCUCGAAAUCACCUGUCAUUCUGGCGAAGCCAGACCUGCGUGGAUGGACGGAGGGUCACGACAAAAGCACAUGUCCGAGACUAUCAAGACUGCCAUUAAGCAGAAUGCUCUCUUGCGCAGGGAGAGACGUCUUCUGGCCCAGGAGGAUCAUGGCAUGAUCAUGACCAUAGAGGCCGACCCUGUACCUCGCCAGCUUCUGGGUUUUAAUCCAGCUCCUGCUUUGGCUCUGGCUCCAACCAGUCAUACGGGCGACCCUAUUACACACAACGACCCGUUUGGGGCACCAAUUGCGUCGAGUCCUUCGACAAGCUCUAGCAACACGGCCCCGUCCGUUGAUUGCUCGAACGAGAGCCAGUCCCCCCACACAGUCACAUCCUGGACAUCGGGUGCACCUACACUGCUGAGCACCAACCAUCCAGCCGCUCCCAUCCAGGUGCAAUUGGGUUCCCUCAUGAUCUAUCUAGACUAUGUCUUCCCGUUUCUAUUCCCUUUCUAUCAACCAUCUCUCCUUGAGACCGGACGACAGUGGUUGCUCGGGCUUUUAUGUCAGAACGAAGUCUCUUUUCAUUUGGCUUCCAGCCUGAGUGCUUACUUUUUCUCGCUCGUGCCCCAAAGCGACAACCAGGAUAUGCAUGAUGACUGCAAGACCUUGGUCUGGGAUAAACUGAUUGAGCAAAUGGAUCUAGCCAUCGGAUCGAUCCAGAGCACUGUUUCUACAGUCAGCAAUAGUGGAGCACAGAGCCCAUUGUUGGACAAAAUCAGAAUCAUGCAAGAGAUCACACAGCUACUCGUCGUGGAGGUUACUGUCCGGAGCAGCGUGGACUGGUCAAUUCAUCUCACCCCUGCUCUUAGCAUCUUUGAUGAGGUAUUCAAAAUCCACGGCCUUGAUCAUUCUUCUAAGCCGAGCCUGGAUGUUCUUUCAAAUUCAUUGCCAUCAUCCAUCCCAAUGACAACUCAACAUCACAAGGCUCUCCCAAACACCCCCGAUCAAUCGGCUUUGGCCUUUUUUGUGUCUCUAUUGCUUUUCGUUGAUAUCAUCGCAAGCACUUCUCUAGGCACGCCACCUGCUCUGCAAGCCUACCACGACAGCCUCCUCUCUACCCGAGGAGAUAGUACAUUUCCUGUGCACUUGGAAAGUGUGAUAGGCUGUCAAAAUUGGGUACUUGUUGCUAUUGGAAAUGUUUCAUCUCUCUGUGCAUGGAAGCGAGAUGCUAAACAAAGCGGCAACUUUUCAGUCCUCGACCUUGUCAAACUCGCAGACCCUAUAUCGAGAGCUCUGGAAAACGGCCUUCAAGCCUUGGACGUGAACUCAAACUUUCAGCCUAAGAAAUCCAACGCCAGUCGAUUGAAAGCUUAUUACACUGAGCACGACAGAGUUAUUGAUCCUACUUUCGCCGCAAACAUUAAUAGAAUCUGGGCUCACGCAGCAAAAAUAUACCUUUCUGUCAGUCUCUCGGGGUGGCAGUCCAACAGCAGCGAUAUACAAUCUAGUAUCACUCAGAUCUUGGGUCUGCUGGAUACAAUUGAUUCUCCUGGGCAGCUAAGAAGUCUUGCUUGGCCAAUUUGUGUCGCGGGGAGUUUGGCAGUACCAGCCCAGGAAAAUGAUUUUCGACGAAUUAUUGCCAUGAUGGGUCCUAUGGGUAAAUUCGGAACUCUUUCAAGUGCAUCAAGUAUCGUGGAAGCGGUAUGGAGUUCUAGGGAUAUUAUAGACGGGAAUGUUUGGGACAUGUCCUUGUCCUUGAGCAUAUUGGGGUCUCCUGCACUCUUGAUUUAA